AGUUAUUGUAUGGUCGUGAUCAGCUUAAUGCCAUAAAUAUUAUAAAAUAAUGCUGUACUUGACUGUGUUUGUUGCUUCUUUGGUAAUGAUGGCUUGUGGCCAUGUACAAUUGGGUUUUAUUGGUCAUAUUGAUGAAGCAAUACCGGAAGGAGUAACUAAAACCAUGAAAUUUGGGUUCUUGAACAAUGUACGUUUUCCGGAAGAUACACUUGGAAUUGACGUUGCUUUGAGCUUUACCUCUCCAAAAAGUAUAAUUAGUGCUAAGCCCGAAAAAAUUCGUUUUUUACCUGGAGAACAUAGAUAUUUCAACAUAGAUGUUUUGGCAGAGGAUAAUGGUAUUAUUCAAGAUUCGAUUGUUGGUUGUACAUUUUCUAUAUUCUUUCGGUUUACAAAUGGUUCCCGAGCAGUACAACCUUUCGAGCAAGAACCUAUAAAUUUUUCUCUUAUUGAUUCUUCUAAAUUAGUUUCGUUUGGUUUUCUUGGUUAUUCUGGUCAACCGCUUACUGUUGGACAGAAAACUGACUUUUUAUUUGGGAACUAUGGUUCUUUUCCAACUGGAGUUAGUGAAGUAAUGGUUAAGAUUGAAGUGACAUCACUUGGAAGGCAUAUUAAGAUUACUCCCGAAACUCUCACGUUUACACGAUCGUCAUCAUCAACCCAGACUUUGACGAUAGUCGUUGAGAAAUGCUACGAAAAGGAGAUUGAUAAACGAGUAGCGUUUUCUUCAAGCAUUCGCAUUACUGACAAUCAAGGCAAUACAGAGACUACACUGUCAACUCAACCUACAAUAUUCGCUUCGAUUCAUGAUACGUCCCAAGAUCCUUUUAUCAUGCAAACGGUAAGGGGAGAAGAUGAAAAUGGUCGCAGCUCAUAUGAAAAUAUAUGCUACGAAUUCAAGAGUGAAAUGGGUGAACGUCUAGAAUUUUUAAACGAUCUUCUUCUAGGCUUUUCAGCCGUUUGCGAAUUUAGAGAUAGUUAUCAUAUUGAACGCAUUUUCGUCAAGACUAGAUUGGGAACAAUAGUUAUUUCUGUUAGGAAUAUUAUAUUGACUAGUGGUAUGAUUUCCACGUGGGAAGAUUUAAUCGAGCAAAAGUUAGGCUUAGAUCCAUUCGUUGUUAUUCAAACUUAUGGUGAUAGAGUGUCAAUUAAAGCGAAGAGUGGCGAAAGAAAACUAGUAGUAGAUAUUGAGAGAAUCAACGACAGCGUUGUCAAGAGCCAUUUAAAUUUAAUCAUUCAACAAACAUCUAAAGGGAAUGAAUUAGAUAAAUUCAAUGGUGGUAUUUUUGGCAUUGCUGCAAAUAACAACUACAAAUUUCUACGACCCGUUCAAGGUGACGAAGGAACAAUUGUCAUAGUAAAUGAUCAAGUUGUGUCGGCAACCUUGAAGAAAUAUAACAAAUCUGAAAGUAAAUGUUUCUCUCUUUCAUUGGACGAUAUUGUUGAUAUUAGAGUAGUAUCAGCAUUUACGACAAUUGAUGGAAUAUGA